ACUGGAGAAAAAAAUAAUCAGUGCGUGCUUCUGCCCUAUAAUGAGGUCCCACCGAACUUGAAUUUCGAAUCAACUGUGGCUAGGUUGUGCAUUGCGUGCAUCUGUUGUGCCCAAAAAACUAAGCAUGGUUUUUGUUAAGAUUUGCCGCUCAAAUUCUUAACUGAAGAUCAAAUAAAACGGUGAGCAAUUUCCAUUGCCAGGUUUGGGAUGAAAAUAUCAAUUCAAGUCUUUUUGAAGGGUUUUUGGCGAAAUUAAUCUGAAUUCUGAAAUCGAUUUUGUGUACAACGGAGGAUUACCCAGAUGCUUUUUUGUAAUCAACUACACGUUUCGUCGUGGAGUUCAUUUACUGUCAAAGCCCAGGAGCUAUUUCGAAUUUCUUGCUCCCAAGAAUCCAUCUAAUCCUCGAAUAUGUCACCCGCCAUUUCUCUGCCCUGCUUCAAUAGUGUGAUCUUUGCAGCGCGCCGGUCACCCCAGAAAGGAAAGUUGAAGAAUGCAAAAGUGCCCGGGGCAACGCCAAAACUUAGCAACACUGGCUUCGGUACCAGCAAGAAAGAGCCAUUAUGGCGGUGCGUGGAGGGUUGUGGUGCUUGCUGCAAGCUGGCUAAGGGCCCUGCUUUCGCCACUCCUGAAGAAAUCUUCACAAACCCCUCUGAUAUAGAGCUUUAUAAAAGCUUAAUAGGCCCGGAUGGAUGGUGUAUACAUUAUGAGAAAAGCACACGCAAGUGCUCAAUUUACCCUGAUCGUCCCUAUUUUUGUCGUGUGGAGCCAGAUAUAUUCGAGUCACUGUAUGGCAUUACUAAGAAGAAAUUCAACAAGGAGGCAUGCGGUAGCUGUAGAGACACUAUUAAGGAAAUCUAUGGUUCACAUUCCAAGGAACUGGACAACUUCAAUCGCUCCUUAAGGAGUUCUGAUUAGUUAAAACGAUCCGACUUGCCCUGCUUAAACUGCUCAAGGAUUGGGGCUGCUGUCCUAUGCCAAAAGGAAAAGGGUUUAAAGAGAGAUGAAAGUGGGAGUCUAGUGCAUGUACAUUCAACUGUGCUGUAAUACGAUACCACUACUGUAUUAGAUGCUAGCAAGAUCAUCAAGUAGAAAGCAUAAACUUCCUUUCGGUUUGUCCUUGCCAGUCUUCUAUAGAGCCCUUUUUUGGCAAAAUUUGCCGUGUUGUGGCUGGAUUAAAGAUCUCAAGGACCAGAAUUAAUUCUAGUAUAUUGGUCAAGAGAUCAGAUAGCUGCUGUCUUGGCUUCAUCAAAUCUGAAGGUGCUGGAGGUCCCUUAAUUCAACUGAAACCAGCAGACUGUGUAAAAUAAAGACUUCCCCUGCUCUGUCUAUGGAGUCUGAUUACUCUCCUAUAGUCAUAAAUCUAUUAGCUGGGCAUGAAUUUUAAUCA